ACCCAACUUUCUUUUCUCCUUCCCUGUAUUUAUCCAAAUCUUAUGCAAGUUUAUGAUAAAGAUUAAAUGUAAAAUUUAAUAACGACGUUAUAUUUACAAAACUAGAGUUCCUGUAAACAUCUCUACAAAAACAAAAAAUGCCACCACAUGGUUGCAAAGGUGAUCCAAACCACCACCAACACGAGAAUCCGGAACUAGGAAUUCAAUAUAGUUUAUACUCAAAAAUCAACACCGAAAAUUUGGAGUGCCUCAACGAGUCAAUUGAAGGUGCGGGCAAAACAGUAUUUAAACCAUGGGAAAAUAGAUUAAAUUUCGAUGUGUUCGUAGAAUCAGAUGCUGAUGAGGAGUUAUUAUUUAACAUACCGUUCGUGGGCAAUGUUAAACUUAAAGGAAUUAUCAUAGCAGGGGAACAAUGCAAUAAGUUUCCUUCCAGAGUGAGACUGUUCAAGAACAGACCAAAAAUGUCAUUCGAUGAUGUCUCUGUGGCAGCUGAUCAAGAAUUUGAAUUACACCAGGAUAAUCAAGGACUUCUCGAAUACGCCACCAAAGUUGUAACUUUUAACAAUGUACACCACCUGUCCAUGCACUUUCCUAGUAAUUUUGGAGAUGAAGUCACUAGAAUUGCCUAUAUAGGUUUAAAAGGAGAAUUCAGUGAAGCCCAUCAUCAUGGAGUUACCAUCUGCAAUUAUGAAUUAAGACCAAAUAUGGCUGAUCAUAAGAAUCCUUUAAAUGAAAAUGUUUCACGUGAUAUUCAGUGAAUUUUAUGUGCAUAAUUGGAUUGUUAUUGGAGUUAUCUAUUUUAUUAUAACAAUUUUUUUACAUUAAAUUUAAAUCAUUACUCGGGCUACUUCUUCAAUAAAUUAACAAAUAAAAACCAAUUCAUCUUUA